CGGGAAGACCUUAGCCUGGAUCUGAUCUGAUCUGGCGCAAAUCGUCCAGCGACCAACCCUCUGCAAAUAUCACCCACCCAAUUCUACGGACACCAUGAGUAGGGAACGCUCCGAUCGACAAGAGCGGGACCGAUCUCGAGAUCGCCGCGCAUCAGAGGCACCUCGAUCCUCGGAUCGUCACGACGAUCGAGACAGAAGAGAUGAUCGAGACCGACGAGACGAUCGAGACAGAAGAGACGACCGAGACAGAAGAGACGAUCGAGACCGACAAGACGAUCGAGACAGAAGAGACGACCGUGACAGAAGAGAUGGUCGCCAUGAGCGCAGGAGCCGCCACGGAGACGAUAUCGACGACCAUGCCGAUUCCCGCAUUCGUCGGCGAUCGCCCUCCUCUGACAGUAGUGCCGCUGAGCGCCGCUCGUCACCAGGAAGGAACAAGCGUUCCCGCACAGGCGCCGGUUCGGAGUCUUCCUCGGACUCUUCUUCGGACUCGGACUCAUCCAGCAAGAACGAGCGCCGAAGGCACCGCAAAGAAAAGAAAGAGAAGAAAAAGUCAGAGAAGAAGAAGAAGGACUCCAAAAAGAAGGACAAGAAGAAGAAGAGCAAAAAGUCCAAGGACUCCAAGGACAAGUCCAAGUCCAAGUCGUCCGAACAACACUAUGGUGCUCGCGGUAUUCUACGCAGUAGUGAUUACUAUCACAAGGAAAACGAGUUUCGGGCUUGGCUCAUCGACGUCAAGCGAAUGUCGCCCGAGACCCUUUCAACUGUCGCAAUGAAAAAGUAUUUUGAAGAAUAUAUCGAGGACUACAACACGAUGACUCUGCCUCACGACAAGUACUAUGACUUGCAAUACUGGGAGAGGCAGCAGAUGGUGAAGGGCACCUCGGCUCUGCUGGAUACCAAUGACGCAGCAUUUGAUUUUGGGAAAGACGAGGAGCGAGUUCAACAGGGGAUUCGAGCCCAAAGAUCGGCCGUGACAACCAAUCCCACACCCGGAUUCACAAAGGAACAAGUCCUUGGCCUGAAGAAGCUCGAAGAAGAUCGAGUCGCAGCCGAUCGGCUCCGCAAGAUGGGCUACAAGCCCAAAGAAAGUCUGGGUGUCCGCUACGAAGGCACGUGAAGCACGAAAGCCGACGUCGAAGCGGCCGUGCUGCUGCAUCAUGGGAAAUGUACCAUGAGGCGGAGUGACGCGCAAUGAUGUGCAGUGGGGCGUACAGCAAACAAUGGAGGAGCAGGAUUCGGAACAAGAAAAGCAUCCGCCAUGGCCUCCUCGGCAAGAUGUCUUCUGGGCUGUCUUACAGGGGCAAAGACCAGUUAUAUUCUCGCAAGCGAGCGGGGGGAGGGGCAAGCAUCGUACAGACGAGCAGGAUGUGCAAGCAGGAUGUGCAAGCAGGAUGUGCAAGCAGGAUGUGCAAGCAGGAUGUGC